CGGACGGAGAGGAUUUGUGUUACCGAGCGACCAAGAGGAUUGACUGAGGAGUCAGUGGAGAUUAUUCGCCCUCCAGACAUCCGUUAAAAACACACACACAUCGUGUUUUGAUCAUGGAAUAAUCUUCAAUGCGGUCCGGUUCGGUUCAGCGGUUGAGACGGCAUACAGAUAUCCAUCAUGACCGAUAGUCUUCUGAGCAAAGCCGCCACCAUGGAAAUACCCAUCAACAGCAAUGGGGACAGCAGGUCGGCAGAGGAUGACAGUCUUGAGCAGGGUGCACAGAUUGGUGGGAUCUUAGAUGAAAUUGUAGGCACACUACCAGUGGCAAUGGAUUUGCAGCAGGUGAUGGUGUCUGGACCAAACCUGAACGAAACCAGCAUUGUGUCUGGAGGCUAUGGAGGGGCAGCAGAGGGCAUCAUACCUACUAGUUCCAUAAAAGGACCAGCCAUUCGUUUCAACCCGGAGUAUUUUGAGAGAAGAUGUGGUAACGCACCCAAACCAGACAUUCGCUCCAAAUCCAGGGGCAUCACUCCCAGCCAAUCAGCUGCCAGCCGGAUAGCAAACCAGCCAGGGAAUUAUCCAGCUCCGAGCAUGCACCACAGCAACAGCAACCCAUCAUUGAUGUCAGAGGAGGCCACAAGAGGAGUAGCUGUGGAGAAAUUUGACACAGUGAAAAAGUGGAGCAUUAACACAUACAAGUGCACAAAACAGAUGUUUUCGGAGCGCUUCGGUCGUGGCACGAAGACGGUGGACAUGGAGCUGGAGGCUCAGAUUGAUGUGCUGAGAGAGACUAAGCUGAAGUACGAGCGUAUUUUGAGGCUUGCACGUGAGCUCACCAACCAUUUCUACAACAUGGUGCAGACUCAGCAGGCUCUCGGGGACACUUUUGCUGAUCUUAGCCAGAAAUCGCCAGAAUUGCAGGAUGAGUUUGGCUAUAAUGCAGAGACACAAAGACUGCUAUGCAAGAAUGGAGAGACGCUCCUGGGUGCCAUUAAUUUCUUUGUGUCCAGCAUUAAUACGCUAGUCAACAAAACCAUGGAGGACACUCUCAUGACCAUCAAGACGUAUGAGAAUGCAAGGCUGGAGUUCGAUGCCUACAGGAGCGACCUGGAGGAGUUGAGCGCGGGUCCACGGGACGCUGCAACCAUGAUGCGCAUCGAGAUGGCUCAACAACAGUACCAGAUUCAAAAAGACAAGUAUGAACGACUGCACAGUGAUGUCACCAUCAAACUCAAGUUCCUGGAGGAAAACAAGGUAAAGGUGAUGCACAAACAGCUCCUGCUGUUUCAUAAUGCCAUCUCGGCAUAUUUCGCUGGAAACCAGCAGCAGCUGGAACAGACUCUCAGACAGUUCAAUGUGAAGUUGAAGCCCCCUGGUUCUGACAAGCCAUCGUGGCUUGAGGAACAGUGAUCGCUUUGUCCACGUGAAGAGACACUCAAAGAGAGAAACACGAUGGUGGAUGGAUGGGGAUGUAGCAAGAUGCUUUAAAUGUGAUUCGUGCGAAUGAUGAAAGAAGUAGAUGUUUUUAUGUUGCCAAACCCCGUUUUAUUCAAAGCUGUAAAACCUACAUAUAAAUAUUAAAGGGAUAGUUCACCCAAAAAUGAAAAAUCUGUCAUCAUUUACUCACCCUUGACUUGUUCCAAACCUGUUAGAGCUUUGGUUUUUUGUUAAGCACUAAAGAAGAUAUUUUGAAGAAUGUUGAAAACCUGUCACCAUUGACUUCCAUAGUAGGAAAAACAAAUACUAUAAAAUUCAGUGGUUUUCAACAUUCUUCAAAAUAUCUUCUUGUGUUCAACAGAACAAAAAUAUCCCUCAGGUUUGGAACAAGUGGAGAAUGUAUUUUCAUUUUUGGGUGAACUGUCCCUUUAGGUUCUAGCCAAAUGGCUAAUGAAAACUAACUGUGGUUGUGUUUUACAGCUGCCUUAACGUACUUAUAGGGAUGUCAUAUGGGCUGUUCUGAAAAAAAAAUUACAUAAAACAAUCGCAUCACUCACUUUCUGUGAAAACAUAAACAUUUCCUUAGGCAUUCUUAGUCAUGUUCACCAAACUGUUCGGUAUCCAGUGAACCACCUCGCAGGCCAAUUGAUAUAAUGUGUUAUCCUCAUAGAGUAGAGCUGAAAGAAAUGAAUGUUGUGCUUAUGUGUUUGUUUUGAAAUGUGAGGUCAUUUGGAGAAAGAUUGCAUCAAGGUAUAGGAAUGACAGACAAGUUGCUGAAGGUAUGUGUCAUAAGAAGGCUAAUAUAUUUAUAUUUAUGUAAAGUGUGCAGUUCCACCUAUGAAAUUAAAACACAUUUGAAGGCGAAAGAA